CCAUAUAUGUUGGGAUGAGUCUCUGAAAAGAUGUUUGUAAACAAUGUGUUAAAUUUUUUGUUCUUCGUUAAAUUCUAGUUGUACAGUAUGGAAUGGACUGUUCACCCAUAUUUACCUUUUUAUAUUGCCGCGUUUCUGCAGUCAGCGUAUGUACGGGCGUGUGCCUACAAUUCAUAUACAACGCCCAGGUGCAACACGCGCAAAAAGAAAAAGCGACGUAUCAUCUGCAGAGGUGCAGAAUGCAACAAUAAAAUAUCCCGAAAUUGGGAGUUUACACCCAACGGAUCAAAUAUGUAUUACUCAGAUGAACAGAAGUUACCCUUGAGAUUGGUGUCAUAUAAUGUGCUGGCUCAAGAUCUCCUGGAGAGCCACAGACACUUACACGCCGAAUGUUAUAAGGGUCUGUACAAGAAACGAACAGGGGCCCGAGUGGAUGGUGUUGCCCUGUGGUACCGCUCAUCGCUUUUUCGUGUGGACAUUUGGAGUGCUGUUGAGUUCAACAUUCCCGGGGAACCUUACCUGGAUCGUGACAAUGUUGCUAUAGUAGCCAGAUUGGUUCCUACGAUACCUGGUUGGCAGCAUUUGGCAGUCGUAGUAGCCACCACUCACUUGCUGUACAACACUCGCCGCCAUGACAUAAAACUGGCUCAGACCCAGUUGCUGUUAACAGAGUGUGAGUCGCUGGCGUAUCGCUCAGAUGCCGCCAGAUUUGGUGGUCCACAGUAUUGGCCAUUGAUAAUCACAGGAGACUUUAAUCUCCUCCCAUAUUCAGGAGUGUAUAAAUUGCUCACAAAAGGGAGACUGGAGUAUGAAGGCUUAUGUGCCAAGACUUUGACACUGAUGCCUCCAGGAGAAGAUGGGAAAAGACUUGGAAAGAAGUUAAUCUCUCCAGAACGUAACAUAACUGACAAUUGUCAGUAUGUCUAUGACAUCCUAAACAGGCUUGAGGUGGAGGCUGGAGCUCCAGUGCAAGAAUGUUUGGCACCAACUCUAGACACUACACUACAGAACAUCAUCUCUAAGCAACCUGCUUGUGGCAAAACAUCAUUGCUUCGCAGAUCUCAAGUUAGUAUCACCAUUAUACUCUU